AUGACGUCCCCAAAUAAACCCACGGACCCAAACGACCGCCCGCGCCUCACAGAAGCCCAGAAGAAGGAGAACCACAUCCGCUCCGAGCAGAAGCGGCGCGAGGCCAUCCGCGAAGGCUUCGACAGGCUCGCGUCAAUAGUGCCGGGCAUGGAAGGGCAGGGAAGGAGCGAAGCCGUCGUUCUGGAAGCGACCAUCAAAUACAUGAGGGAACAGAUUGUGGAAAGGCAGAGGAUCAUUGCGGAGGCGCAGGCGAGGGGGAUUGAUACUAGCAGCUGGGAGCUGCCGAAGGACACGAUCGAUGCUUGCGAAAUGCAGGCGAGGAGGCUCGAGCAGGAAGAACAGCAA